AUGAGUGAUUCUCAACUGUGUUUAACGCCGGCCUGCAUCAAGGCCGCCGCCGACAUGCUCACCAACUUGCAUCCGAACUACCAGGCCAUAGACCCGUGCGAGAACUUCGACUUAUACGCCUGUGGCGGAUACCCCGCUAGAUUUCCAAAUGCCCUGCCCGAGAGCACCCUAGGCCAGCAGGUUGAAAAGAAUCAGUAUGUACUGAGAAACAUCCUCGAAAGCCCUUACCCCGGCACAAGUGAUGGCAUUCCCGACCCUGACGAUGAAUAUAUCUUCAAGCAGAUGGUAUCAGAGUACAAUGCCUGCAUGGACGCUGAUGCAAUCGAGGUCUCGGGCCUAGCGGGCGUUCCUGAUAUCAUCAGUCAGAUCGUCACUCUGUUCCCGGUCGACGAAGACGACUACACGUCCAACGCCACCAUCACGACGGAGGAGGACUACGACAAUCUGGCGAGGACAUUGGUGUAUCUCAACUCGGUCGGUGCGCCGGGCCUCGGGCUAUACUCCUCUGAUAUUGACUCUCAGAACCCUGACUUCCUGGUCCCCUACAUUCAAGCAACUGUGGAGCUUGGGAGUGUAGCCGCACUCAAUGCCACAGAAAUCACGGCGAACUUAGUUAAUCUGUUGCCGAGUCAGGCAGCUCUGGAUGCUAUAGACCAUCUAUCUCAGGGCAUUCUCGACUUCGCCCUGGCUAUGGCACCCGCGGUAGAGGCAGUCGAUGAAUCAGAUAUUGAAGCACUCUAUUUCACUACCACGAUAGCCAGUGUUACAAAAGAGAUGCCAGCGCUUGUCAUCGACAAAAUUAUUCAGCAGAUAGUACCACCGGACUACAAAGCGGACCGCAUCCGCCUUGCCUUUCCUGAAUUCUGGUCGAACCUGUCACCACUGCUUGCGAACACGCCGAAGUCCACGCUGCAGACUCUGUUGAUCGCACUGACAUAUGUAUCAUAUGCUCCAUAUGUGGCAGAUUCUACGACAACAGGCGAAGACCGCUUCGAUACCUGCUUUAACGUCCUCGACCUCGAGGGUCUCGCGUGGACACUAAGCAAGUUCUUCGUAGACGUGGCGUACGACAACGAAGCCCGCGAGUUCUCCAGCGCCCUCGUGACCCGGAUCCGCGAGACCUUCACCGAGCGGCUCGACCAGCUCGACUGGAUGGACGACGCCACGCGGGCGCUGGCCAAGCAGAAAGUCGCGAACAUCGACCAGAAAAUCGGGUAUUCCGAGACUGACCCGAACGCCCGCAACGUCACCGCGCUGCGCGAGUACUACGCCGGCGUCAAUAUGACAACCUCACACUUCAACAACACCCUCUCCCUGCGCACCUGGGCCACCAACCACACCCUCUCCCUCCUCAGCUCCGGGGCACACGCCCCCCGUUCCGCCUGGUCCGCGCAGUCGCGCGCCUACACAACCAACGCCAACUACCACGGCGACACCAACGACAUCACGGUCCCCGCGGGGAUCUCGCAGCGCCCGCUCCUCGACCCGGCCGUGCCGGCCGUGCUGUCCUACGCGCGCUUCGCCUUCAUCGCCGGCCACGAGCUCACGCACGGCUUCGACACCAACGGCCGGCUGUUCGACCCGGAACGCCGGCAGCGGAAUUGGUACACGCCCUCUACUUUAAGGGCAUUUGAGGAGCGGACGGAGUGUUUCGUUCAUCUGUACAAUAACAUGACCCUCCUCGACGACGCCGGCUUGCCCAUCGUCGACCCCACCACCACCUCCACCACCCCCUCAUCCUUUCCCCUUGCGGCCACUAUCAACGGCACCCUAACCCUCGCCGAGAACCUCGCCGACGCGGGCGGGUUAACACUAGCGCACGCAGCAUGGCGGCGCCACGAGGAGGCCACCGCCGCCACCACCCGCGCCUCAAAGCCGCUGCCCGGACUCAAUAACAACGGAGGAGGGCCCUUCUCGGACGACCAGGUCUUCUUCCUGGGGUACGCGCAGAACUGGUGCGACAAGACGACGGCGGCCGCCGCGCUGCAGGGACUCGGGACGGACAACCACGCGCCGGGCUUUGCGCGGAUCCUGGGCCCGGUGGCGGGCUCGCAGGCGUUUCGGGAGGCUUUUGGGUGUGCCGUGAGGGAGCCGGCUUGUGUGCUUUGGUGA